UGGUUUGAGCCCAAUUUUAUUGUUUGGUCUCCUCACCUAGCCCCAUAUGUUUAUAAUUUAUAUUCUCUUACAGCCCCAUUGCACUCUAUAGGAAGCCAGAUUCUUACAGCGAAAUGCAGUUUUGUCUGUAGUAAAAGCAAUUGAUCUCAGGGCGUGCAAGAACGGAAACGAAUUUAAAGGGGAACAAAAACCAUUGUCACAGCAGUUUUGGAGGUUUCAUUGGAUUCGAACACAAAAACAAACUUUGGGUCUUUAGAGAAGGACAGAAAGAGUAACAAUGGAGGUGGAAUUGAAAGAGAUGCUUGAUGAUCUUCUGUCUCUAAGGCAAUCUUUGUCUGAUCCUUCUCUUCAUGCUUCAAUUGACAAGCUGCAAUCGCAUGUUGACCAUCUUACUCAUCUUGCUAAGUCCGUACCUGUUAGACGAUCAAAAGUCAAGGUUUUUGUUUCAUGAUAUGAGCGCUGAGGUUGUUGAUAGCAACCCUUAUAGUAGGCUCAUGGCACUUCAAAGAAUGGGUAUUGUGGAGAACUACGAAAGGAUCCGGGAGUUCUCAGUUGCCAUAGUUGGUAUUGGUGGUGUUGGCAGUGUUGCAGCUGAGAUGCUAACAAGGUGUGGCAUAGGUCGCCUUUUGUUGUAUGAUUAUGAUAAAGUGGAGUUAGCUAACAUGAAUAGACUAUUCUUUCGCCCAGAACAGGUUGGCAUGACAAAGACUGAUGCUGCUGUUCAGACCCUGUCAGACAUAAAUCCUGAUGUUGUGCUUGAGAGCUAUACAUUGAACAUCACGACUGUACAAGGCUUUGAAACCUUUAUGUCAAGCUUAAAAAAUAAAACAUUCCGCCCAAGUAAGGAAGGUAGUGGAGUGGAUCUUGUUUUAAGCUGUGUAGACAAUUAUGAAGCAAGGAUGGUGGUCAACCAGGCCUGCAAUGAGUUGAAUCAAACGUGGAUGGAGUCUGGUGUAUCUGAGGAUGCAGUUUCAGGUCAUAUACAGUUGCUGAUUCCUGGAGAAACUGCUUGUUUUGCUUGUGCACCUCCUUUGGUGGUAGCAUCUGGAGUGGAUGAACGAACACUUAAGCGUGAAGGUGUUUGUGCUGCAUCUUUGCCAACUACCAUGGGAGUUGUUGCUGGGCUUCUAGUCCAAAAUACACUUAAGUUCUUGUUGAAAUUUGGAUAUGUUUCUCCGUACUUGGGAUACAGUUCUCUUAAGGAUUACUUCCCAACUAUGGCAAUGAAGCCAAAUCCCCAGUGUUCAAAUGCUGCCUGUUUGCAGCGGCAGAAAGAAUACAUUCUUGCAAAGCCAGCUAGGGAUGCUGCGGCUAAUGCCAAGAUGGAAGCUGAGGCAUCAGCCGCAGCAGCAGAUGUGCCACUUCAUGUUGAUAAUGAAUGGAACAUAAGUGUUGUCGAUGAUAGUGAGCAGGAGAACACAGGUGGCACAAGUUCAGAUGCUCUUCCAGAAGGUCUCACUCGUGAGCUUCCAAGUGCUGAUGAAUUUCCAAAGCACUCUACAUAUGGAGCCACAGAUACUGCUGUUGAUGACCUUGAAGAUCUCCGGAGGCAACUUGAUGCUCUGAAUGCUGAUUAAUGUCCCAGUAUAGCUUUUCGCCAAAUGAAAGAAAACUUCUUUGGCAAACUAGGAGCACAGAGUCCAUUGUUUGUGACCAUCCCUUUGGGGGAAAAUGAAGCAGUUCUUGGGGUUUAACAUUCAAGCAAAUGAUAAUUGACAAGAUGAUUGACAAGAAUUAAACAUGUUAUAAGGAGAGUUUUGGAAAUAUGCGUCUAAGGACCAGUUCAAAGGUUCAAUUUUACAAUUUAGAUGACUCCAACAAGUUUACCAGGUUGUCUGAAAUCGGCACAAUGAUUAAAUGAGA